UCCAUUAUGGUCUCCGGUCAAGAUGAAACGUUUUCAGAUUCCAACUCUCUUGAUUCUGCUGAAAAUUCCAUCUGUAUUGACAUUUCCAUUGCCGCCUGAUGAUUUAGAUUUUGCCAAGCAAUAUCUCAAACAAAUUUACAGCUUUAAAGAUGAUUCUUCCAUUCUUCUGCAAGGAAGCAAAGAUGCUUUCAAAGCUAGUGUUAAGAAAAUGCAAGAAUUCUUCAGCCUCCGUGUAACUGGGGAAUUGGACUAUUCAACCCUGGAGGUUAUGAAGAGACCUCGAUGUGGAUUUCGUGAUGUUCUUCGAUAUAACAUUGGCAAUCUCAAAUGGAAACAUAACAAAAUAACUUAUAGAAUCAUCAAUUACACACAACGUUUGAAAGAGUCAUAUGUAAACAACGCGAUCAACAAUGCUUUCCAAGUGUGGAGUGAUGUCACACCAUUGAAAUUUAUCAGGGUUCUUGAGGGUGAAGCUGAUAUUAUGAUUUCUUUUCAAUAUAGAGAACAUGGUGAUGGGUCUCCAUUUGAUGGACCUGGAAAUCUUCUGGCCCAUGCUUUUUCACCAGGAGCAAACAUAGGAGGUGACACUCAUUUUGAUGCAGAGGAAGCUUGGUCGAACAACUCAGAAGGAUAUAACCUUUUCAUAGUGGCUGCUCAUGAAUUUGGCCAUGCUCUGGGAUUGAGCCAUUCUCAAGAUGUGGGAGCUUUGAUGUUCCCCAUAUAUACAUACAUUAAUUACGAAGAUUUUGUACUGCCACAUGAUGAUGUUCAAGGAAUUCAGGCACUGUAUGGUUCGUCAAAUAAACCUGACAGAAAACUUCAUCCAGUGACUCCAAAGAAAUGUGAUAACAGCCUGUCCUUUGAUGCAGCCUGUACAUUACGAGGAGAAAAAGUGUACUUUAAAGACAGGUUUGUUUGGCGCGUCCAUCCAAACAGGAAGACUUCAGAUCUGUUAGUGACCAAUACCCAAUGGCCAUUUCUCCCAUCUAAAAUUGAUGCAUCCUAUGAAGACAAGAAUAUGAACAUUAAUAGAUUUUUCCAAGGAACAAAAUACUGGGAUGUCUACGGAUAUGACCUGAUACCAACCUCCCCUGGGAGUAUAUAUGAAUUUGGUUUUCCUCAAACUGUUAAGAAAAUUGAUGCAGCUGUACAGAUUUCAAAAACUAAAAAGACAUUCUUCUUCGUGGAAAACGAAUGCUGGAGUUAUGAUGAAAGUACAAGAAGAAUGGAUGAAGGAUAUCCAAAGCUGAUAGAGGAUGAGUGGCCUGGCGUUGCUAGCCCAGUAGGUGCCGCUCUUCAGGUGAAUGAUUUGAUUUAUCUCUUCCAUCAAUUCAUGGUAUUUCGCUAUGACUACAAUGACAAGACAGUCAGGGAGAUUGCAUACGCAAAUUCAGAAAUAUGCAUAUAACUAACUCCCACCUCUUGAAAAAUAUCAGGAUUAUGUUGAUGAUUCAAGAAUUACUAUUGUGAUUGAACUUGGCCGCAAUAAUAUUGAUUCAGCUUCUGUCUUUGCAUUGUCAAUUUAUUUUAUUCUGCAACUAACCACAUUUAUUUAUAUUUUCUGAAUAAUUUUGAUGUGUUUUCUUUACUAUUGUAUUUCUGCUUUUGUAUACUAAUAGUUAUUGAAUGUUGCAACAACUAAAGAAAAUUACAAUUCUAA